AACCAACAUAAUAUUUUAUAUAGUUAUAUUAAAUCCAUAUCCUAUUGAAGAAAUAAUUAAUUAUUUCCCUUGACCUCAUUAAUUCUAAGUUUAACCUUAUAAAUGUAGUGUGAUUACGACCCAAUUCUUUCAUUUCCAUCCAUUCAUUCACAGUACCCAAUACAAACAUGAAUGAACUUAAACCAAAUCAAGCAAAUUCCACCCCACUUACUCCUCUAACUCUAAUUGAUCGAGCAGCCAUAAUCUAUGGUGAUUGCCCAUCAAUUGUAUACAAAUCUACCACCUUCACAUGGGCCGAAACCCACCAUCGAUGUCUCCGAAUCGCUUCCUCGAUAUCGUCCCUAGGCAUUGCCCAAGGAGAUGUAGUAUCCGUUGUUAGCCCAAAUGUCCCUGCAGCAUAUGAGCUACAUUUUGCCGUGCCUAUGGCAGGGGCCGUGCUAAAUAACAUUAAUAUUCGACUCGAUCCUAGGACCAUAUCUAUCCUACUUCUACAUAGUGAGUCCAAAAUCGUUUUCGUGUACGAGCAAUUGUUAUCCCUUGUGUCGCAAGCUAUUGCACUUUUCCCAAAAGAACGAGCACAGGCUCAUCCUGUGCUCGUUCUUGUUACGGAUGAAGAGUAUGAUCAUAAUGCCGGGUUUUCUAUCAAACCUUUAACAAAAUUUAAGGGUGUUGAUAAAAAAGAAUUUGUUACAAAUUAUGAGGAAAUGGUUAGGAAAGGGGAUCCGAGUUUUAAUUGGAUCCGCCCAAAAAAUGAAUGGGAUCCGAUUGUGUUGAAUUAUACAUCAGGAACAACAUCUUCACCUAAGGGUGUUGUACAUUGUCAUCGUGGGUCGUUUAUUGCUACUAUGGAUGGGUUAAUUGAUUGGGCAGUACCCAAGAGACCCGUUUACUUAUGGACCUUACCCAUGUUUCAUUCAAAUGGGUGGAGCUAUACUUGGGGGAUGGCUGCUGUUGGUGGGACUAAUAUUUGUCUUAAGAAGUUUGAUGGUGCUACCAUUCAUGCUGCUAUACGGGCCCACCGUGUGACCCAUAUGUGUGCUGCACCUAUAGUUCUCAAUAUGCUUACUAGUUUAACAUCGGAUCCAGAUCCGUUUUCAUGGCCUGUUCAUGUACUCACUGGCGGGUCACCUCCGCCCGCACCUGUUUUGCUUCGGGCGGAGUCCCUUGGGUUUAUAGUUGGGCAUGGGUAUGGGCUUACUGAAACUGGCGGGGUUAUUGUUUCGUGUGCUUGGAAAGAAAAUUGGAAUAAAUACCCAGCUUUAGAGCGAGCCCGUUUUAAGGCUCGUCAAGGUGUCCGAACUAUAGGUUUAACUGAAAUUGAUGUUAUUAACCCAACAACGGGUGAGUCUGUAGAUCAUAAUGGAAAAGCUAUGGGAGAAAUUGUUCUUCGAGGUGGUUCUAUUAUGUUAGGGUAUUUGAAAGAUCCAGAAGGAACAUCGAAAUGUAUGAGAAAAGAUGGAUGGUUUAGGACGGGUGAUCUUGGUGUAAUGCACCCAGAUGGUUACUUGGAAAUUAAAGAUCGUUCUAAAGAUAUUAUUAUCAGUGGAGCUGAAAAUAUUAGCAGUGUUGAAGUUGAAAAUGUUUUAUACACAUUUCCUGCAGUGAAUGAGGUUGCUGUUGUGGCCAAACCCGACGAGUAUUGGGGGGAAACACCAUGUGCUUUUGUAAGCUUGCGUAAAGGAUGGACGGAAAACCCAACAGAAAGAGAAAUAAUUGAAUAUUGCAGAAAGAAAAUGCCACAUUUUAUGGUUCCUAAAAGGGUGGUGUUUAAGGAUGAGAUUCCUAAGACUUCUACCGGAAAAAUUCAGAAAUAUGUGCUCAGGGAAAUUGCUAAAGGUUUGGAACAACAUUGUGAUAUUGCUGUUACAACCUUGACAAGUCGUCUAUAAAAGUCGUCGUUAUCAUCAUUAUACUCAAUAUAUUUCAUUCAUAUAAGUUAUAUAACUUAUCAUCAGGGUUUAAAAAGAAUUGGAAAACGUCAUACCAUACACUUAUCAAUAGAGUCAAAUUGGCUAUAAAGUGUUAGUAAUAUUUUUAUUAUUACAUUGUAUACUCUAAUUUAAAGAUAUGUUUUGUUGGAUUGCCUUUUCGUUUAUAUAUGUUAUUUUUUUAAAUUAUGAUAUUAGCUCAUUAAAUUUUUUCUUAUCAUAUUGAAUGUAUUUGUUGUAUGUAAGUG